AUGGCGCGCGCCGCGUUCUACCCGGCGGACGGUCCCGUCGCGACCCUGGACCCCUACAACUUCGACGCCUUCGUCGAGGCCGCGCCGCUGACCAUCGUCGAGUUCUACGCGCCGUGGUGCGGCCACUGCCAGCAGGUCGCGCCCAGGUACCUC